AUGUCGCAAGAUAACCGUGCAUCCAGCUCGUUGCAUAACAUAGAUUAUAACACUGAGGGCAUCGAUACUGUCACCUCGAGCGACUGUACUCUAGCCUCUUCUGACAAUCUACAGGGUGACAGGACGAACGAAAAGCUCAGCACUCAAGCAGAAACAGAAGCUCAAAUUCUCCCCACGCCAUUGAGUAGCAAGGAAUUAGCCGAGGCAGCGCAAUCGGAAGAGCAGGGCGGAUUAUAUGCCAGCGACGAAUACGUCGACCCCCCUCCCGAUGGCGGGUAUGGCUGGGUGUGUUGCGCAUGUGUCGCAGUUUUCAAUUUCGCAACCUGGGGCCCUAACACCUCCUGGGGUGUAUUUCUCUCGUAUUUCCUGUCAUCUCAUUAUUUUCCGGACGCAACUCCCACUGACUUCGCAUUGAUAGGUGGACUAGUAAUCGGCCUCACUCUCCUUUUGUUGCCUCUGGCUUCCGUUUGCAUGAAUUUCUUUGGAUACAAGCCCACGCUGACGUUUGCCAUUUUGCUGGAGGCAGCCGCGUUUGUGGCUAGCUCAUUCGCGAAGUCCGUGGGCGUGCUUUACGUGACCUAUGGCGUUAUGCUUGGGAUCUCAUUUGGCCUCAUUUUUGGCUCCAGCACUAUUAUUAUCCCUGGCUGGUUUCUGAAAAAGAGAGCUCUUGCCAAUGGCGCGGGCCAUUUUGGCGUCGGCUUAGGAGGUUUAGUUUUUUCGUUCGCAGUCCGCGCGAUGAUUGACCGUACCGGCGACCAUAGGUGGGCAAUGCGCAUGCUCGCAGCGGUUACUCUUUUUCUCAACUUGAUAUCGCUCUGCUUUGUCCGCGUACGAAAGACCGCCUUUGACCAAAAUAGAAAGUCUGCAGGCCAGAUUCUCAAGGCCGCGUUCAACGUCUCUGUUUUGAAGAUAAAGGCCCUGCACUUCUGCUCUUUGUGGUCCUGGCUUGCCAACGUCGGGUACGUGAUCCUCAUGUUUUCGAUGUCCAACUACGCAACCUCCAUUGGCAUGACCUCCCAGCAAGCGACCGUCGCUCUUGCGGUGUUCAAUGGCUCGCAGGCAUUUGGAAGGCCGUUUAUGGGCUGGUUUGCAGAAGCCGUGGGGAGAUGCAACGCCACCAUAAUCAUCAUGGUCUACAACCUAAUAAUUCUGCUCCCAUUCUGGUUCACUUUGACCAAGUUCAGAGAGCUGAUACCCUUUUGCAUCAUGCUCGGCUUCGGGGCCGGUGUUGGCGCAGUGAACAUCGUCCCCCUGGUGGCUGACGUCGUCGGCAUCGAAAAAUUCGCGGCUGGCAUCGGGUAUGGCAUGUUCGGUAACGGCGCGGGAAGCAUUUUUGCGGAGGUGAUUGGCUUGCAUCUAAGACAGCCCUCAUCUGCGAAGCCGUAUCUGCACUGCCAGAUAUUUGUUGCCUGCAUGUACUUUGCAGGUUUGCUAUGCCUAUUGCCUUAUCGCGAGCUGAAGGUGCAACGGAUCUUAACUGCAAGAGCAAGAAACGAGAAAUACUCGGAGGAAACAAGGCAAAGGUAUUCAAGGCUUCUUGAGCCUACCUUCAAAUGCUACAUUGCAAGAACUUUCCUGGUGGCCGAGGCCUGA